AUGACAGUGAAACAAGUACUGAACAAGAUGAUGAAUCUGAUGAGGAGGUUCCACAGGCUAUUCCAUUAUACCCUAACACAGAUGGUUCAGGUUCCAGUUACCUUUUAUGCCCUUCUUGAUCAUGAAUGGAAAGAGGGAAUGAGCGAGGGAAGAGGCAGAGAUAAAUGCCGAUGGCGUGAAGAGGAACUUUUAUCCUGGACAAGCUACCCCUAUGGCACGACGAGCUGGAGCCCCAUAACUCUUUGCUUGAUAUUCUUGCUGCUGGGAACCCUGAUCCCAUGGUGCAGUGAAUUUGCCCUCCACUUCCUUUGUGAACGUUUCACUGGUUGA